AUGUCGACUCUUCGAAAACACAAUCUGCUCUCGAUCCUGAUCUUCGCAGUUGCAGCUCUGGUUUCACCCUCCGAGGGAGCUCCAAGCAGCAAGACAGCAUGUGCGGCGCUGACCAAACCAACCAUCCCCGGAGCAAGCGUGCUAUCGAUCCAGUCACAGCAUCUUCCCAACGCUACGGUGCUUGCCAGCCCUCCGCUUCUGAACAGUAACUUUACGGGACUUGACCUUUGCAGUGUGGAUCUGGUGAUCUCGCACCACGGCGUCAACGACAGAGUCAAGAUAAAGGUGUGGCUGCCGUCGACCGGAUGGAACCGACGCUUCGUCGGAACAGGAGGAUCUGGAUAUGCCGCGGGAUUCUUUGAAUACAGCCUGGCCCCGGUGGUGGCACUGGGCUAUGCCGCCGCAUCCACGGAUGCAGGCCUUUCGGGAGAUCCCUAUAGCCCGGCGCUGUGGGCUCUGCACCCUAACGGCACUGUGGACGAGGACCUCUUGCUGAACUUUGCCUCGAGAUCCGUGCAUGACAUGGCUGUGGCGGGCAAGGCGGUCGCAGCACAAUACUAUGGCAAAAAGCCAGCCCACUCGUACUGGAACGGGUGUUCGACAGGUGGAAGACAAGGCUUGGUGGCAGCGCAGAGGUAUCCCAAGGACUUUGACGGGAUCGUUGCCGGAGCACCCGCGAUCGACUGGACCAGGUACGUGGUCGCAGAGCAAUGGCCACAGGUUGUCAUGAGAGAGGAGGGGACCUACAUCAGCCAAUGCGUCCUCAAAUCCUUCACCGAUGCGAGCAUCGCUGCGUGCGACUCUCUUGACGGCGUGGCCGACGGCGUCAUCACAGACCUGCAACUCUGCAAGUUCGACCCGCUCAGCUUGGUCGGGACCAGCGCCCAGUGCGACGGCGGCAGGGAGAACAUCACGGCGGAAAUGGCCAGCGUCGUCGCCAAAAUCUUAGCAGGGCCCAAAGGACCCGCGAUCGCCCAUCCUUACGCCCUGAACCCUGGCGCUGCACUGGACAGUUUGGCCAACACGACAAUCGCCAAUGGAACUCGAGUCGGACUGCCCUUUUUUGUGAACGACGCCUGGAUCAAAUACUUCGUCAAGAAGGACCCCGACUUCGACACGGGCAGCAUUGGAUACUCAGCCUUCGAAGCAAUCUUCAAUCAGUCCCAGCGAGAGUUCGGUCCGGUCAUGGGCUCUUAUCAGCCCGAUCUCUCUGCAUUCCGCUCCGCUGGAGGGAAGGCGAUUGUGUGGCACGGCCUGGCCGACCAACUGAUCUUCCCGCGCGACACCGUCGCCUAUCACCAGAAAGUGGUCCAGACCCUGGGGAGGAACGCGUCCGCGGUCGCCGAGUUCUAUCGCACAUUCCUCGCCCCGGGCGUCGAUCAUUGCGGCGCAGGCCCGACACCUGGGGCUGUGCCAGCCGACCCGCUCUCGGCGGUGGUGGCCUGGGUCGAGGAGCAGAAGGCGCCCAACGUCUUGGAAGCUCGCAGGGUGGAAGCGGACGGGACGGUGAUCACGAGGAACUUGUGUCCGUUCCCCUCGACAUCGCGAUAUCGGGGCGCGGGCGACAAGAGCCUGGCGAGCAGUUAUACCUGUGCGUGA